CGGCAGCUCCGCCCUCUGAAGAGAAGGAGCGUGAGCUGAAAUGAAUCAGAGAGACAGUCCGCAUCGGCUCAUCGCUAAUCUACUACUGUGGCCGAUUUUGUUAAAUGUCAGCAGAGAGCACUGUGGUCAGACUGAAAAUAACUCCAGAAAGAAUUACAACUUCCUGUGGAGAAUACAGCAACUGAUAAGAAAUGGCUACAUUGAAGGGAAAGAGCUGGAGAGCUUCUUCCAGGAGCUGGACGCUGCAAGGAGAGGAGCUGGAGUGGAAGGAUCCAGCAUAAACAUCGGGGAGAAGUUGAAGGAAUUCAUGCAGAAGUAUGACAAGAACGCAGAUGGUCGCAUAGAGAUGUCUGAGUUGGCUCAGAUUCUCCCGACAGAAGAAAAUUUCCUGCUCUGCUUUAGACAACAUGCCGGCUCCAGCACAGAGUUUAUGGAGGCCUGGAGAAAAUACGACACAGACAGAAGUGGCUACAUCGAAGCCAAUGAACUAAAGGGGUUCCUGUCCGAUCUGCUGAAGAAAGCAAACCGACCAUUUGAUGAAAAGAAACUCCAUGAGUACACCCAGACUAUACUCCGCAUGUUUGACCUGAAUGGAGAUGGGAAGCUCUGCUUGUCUGAGAUGUCCAGGCUGCUCCCUGUGCAGGAAAACUUCUUACUUAAAUUCCAGGGUAUGAAGCUCAGCUGCGAGGAAUUUAACUCAGUUUUCAACUUCUAUGACAAGGAUCGUAACGGAUACAUUGAUGAACACGAGUUGGAUGCUUUACUGAAGGAUUUCUUUGAUAAAAACAAAAAGGAAGUGAAUAUUCAGAGCCUGACCGGGUAUCGUCAAAGCAUUAUGUCUCUGUGUGAUGGUGGACGCCUCUAUCGCAAGGAGCUAGAGAUUGUACUCUGCAAUGACUCGACCCCUAUGAAGUAACUGGGGGUCCCACUGCUCACAAUCACUGCACUGCGCUCCUGUAUCUUGCCCCACCCCCCACCAAUGAAAGACAGGGGAGAGACAACUGGAUGUGAAAGACAUUAUGGCACAGAGAAACUGAUUCUGUCAGAGGGUCGUAUAGAAGAGACAGCAGAGUGAGGGCCGUACUGUUUAUACUUCCUAUAGUAGUCAGUGGCUGCAACCAAGGGUGAUGAUCAGGCAGAGACCUCACCUACCCCUGCACUGGGGCCCUUUCUCUGGCACCCUCUGGUUUCUAGUCACAGGCUGUUUCUCUACAUAGUUCCCCUCCAAAUGUCCUAUUCCUGGGUCUCCCCCCUGGCUGCUCUCACCUAGAUACCCACCAUCCUGGGUUUAGGGGGCUUGCCUCCUUAUCUGGGUUUUCUGCAGAGUGGAUCCUGGAUUUUGAUUUCUUUCUGGGUUUUGCUUGUUUUACCUGUCUUACCAAAGAAUGAAUAAAAUGGCAGAUCCUGA